GGACAACAGGCGAAGUUCCUGUUUUGGCAACCCGGUGAAAAACAGUGUCAGAUACCCUUAAGUAGAAACAUAACUGACAGAGACGUUGGAAAUGUUGUGGGGAAACUCUACCUCCGAAGAAAGUGUGGAAGAGGGGAGAUCUGGUAAAGAUCUCCAAAAGAAAUGCCUAGCAAUUAUAUCUCCUGUUACACCUGCCAAGCUUUGCUCCUGCAUCCUGAUUAUCUUUAUACUUGUGGCUCUAAAUGUGGUGACACUUUCCACUCUUGUGGCAGCGAGAAGCAGAAAGCCAGACUUAAAAGUUCUGUAUGUCACCUGCCCAGAAGGAUGGAUUGGAUUUGGGAGUAAGUGUUUUUAUUUUUCUGAAGAAUCAAAGAAUUGGACAUUCAGUCAGACAUCCUGUACUAAAAUGGAAGCUGUUCUUGCUCAGUUUGAAAUGGAGGAGGAGCUGAACUUUCUGAAAAGAUACAAAGGCCCUUCUGACCAUUGGAUUGGCCUUAGCAGAGAAUCAUCACAUCAUGCUUGGAAGUGGACAGACAACUCUAAAUAUAAUGCCUCGUUCGUCAUCACAGGCGAUGGGGAACGUGGCUACCUGAAUGACCUUGGAGUUAGCAGUGCCAGAAGUUAUACAGAUAGAAAAUGGAUUUGCAGCAAACAAAUCAUGCCCUUAAAUUCUUCAAGGCCUUUUUAG